AAUUCCAUUAAUGGAAAUGAAUCAUCAUCAUAUGUUGUAAAAAUCAUUAUCAUUGUAAACUAUGUUACAUAUGAGGAGUUGGAAAUUGAAAUUUUGAUGAUUUUCCAGAGAUGAGUGACGAAACACCGGGGGCAGGGCAGGGUGCUCUGCCUCCGAGAGAAGGCCAAAGCCUUCGACCCUUGGUAGAGCGCCCUGCUGCGACUGGUCCCACUAUGAGAUUGACACAAGUUGUGGGAGGACAGUAUGUCUUAACCACUCAACCUCAUGGAAUACCAUCAUUAGCACAGAUUGCACCUGGAUCCCUAUCAGGAAAUCCUGGUUUAACACAAGGAGGUGUAACACGCAUUAUAAGCAUAAGUCCUCAAAGGGUAGGCCAGUCCUCGCCUUUGAGACCAAGUUUAGCAAAUCAGUCCAUAGUUAAUGUUCUCACUAAGUCUAGGUCGAACCCGAAUGUACGAUUACAAUUGUUUCCAUCUGGAGAAAGCUCAGGGUCUGCUGCUCAGCAAACUACACAUUCAAGACCCCUUAAGAGGCAGCUUUCAGCUGCUGUGGAGAAGAAAGAUGGUUAUUCUUCUAAAUUACAGCAUGUUUUAAACCACAGAAUUGUACGUUCUAAGCUGGUUAAAGAAAAAUACAAUGAACAUCUUUUGGAGUCAUUUUAUCUGGAGGGGGGCAAUAACAUCUUGGAUUUGUACCAGUUUGCUAAAAGACCAAAAACUCAAGCUUACAUUGCGUACUUGAAAGAACAUGCUAUUGAUCCUCGGGACUAUCAAGAACUUAAUAGUAUAGUCAUUCCUCAAACUACUCCAAGUACUCCAUCUGCCACGUCUGCCAGCUCUUUGCCAGGCAUUUCCAACACACAUACAGUCCCAACUAGUACUCCUUCCGUUUCUGUGCCAGAAAGUAAUAGUAAUAUGUCCACUCCAAAAUCAGUUUCUACCAAAAACAAAUCUUCUCUUCAACCAUCCCUUUCCAGUCAAGAGCUUAUCGUUGAGAAAGCGAAACAAGAGGCAUAUGUAGUUCAACGAAUAGCUGACUUGCAAAAGGAAGGUCUGUGGUCUGAGAAAAGGUUACCGAAGGUACAGGAUAUGCAUCGGACCAAAGCACAUUGGGAUUUCUUAUUGGAAGAAAUGGUUUGGUUGGCAGCUGAUUUUGCACAGGAACGGAAAUGGAAGAAAGCUGCCGCAAAGAAAUGCGCUAGAAUGGUACAGAAGUAUUUUCAAGAUAAGGCACUUGCUGCUCAAAAGGCAGAGAAAGCCCACGAGCAGAACCUUCGAAGGAUAGCAUCUUUUUGCGCAAAAGAAAUUAAAAUUUUUUGGAGCAAUGUAGAGAAACUUGUGGAGUACAAGCAAAAUGCUAUUUUAGAGGAGAAACGAAAGAAGGCUCUUGAUCAACAACUGAGCUUCAUAGUUGAUCAAACCGAAAAGUAUUCACAGUUAUUAGCUGAAGGAAUGAACAAAACUGCUGACCCACCAGCUAGUGCAAUCUCAUCUCGUUCUGUCUCUCGAGCCCAAUCUGAUACAGAGUUUGACCCAGACCUCCAGAGUGACGAAGACGAUGAAGAGACAAUAGAGCAAGAAGAAGCUGCAUUGGAUGAUGAAGGACAUAAAGAGGAAAUUGAAGCUUUGCAAAAGGAAUCUCAGAUGGAAUUGGAUGAUUUACUCGAAGAUGAAUUGCUUAAAAACUACUUAUUGAAUAGAGACAAUAUACGAUUGAGUGAAUCUGAUGAUUCAGAUAAUGACCAAGACCCCGGUGAAACAUCAACAAAAUCAGAAGUUGAACAAGAAAGAGAAAGUGGAAAAGCUGAAAUCCAGGAGAUAGAAGAUAAAGUUCCAUCUGAAGAUUCAGAUUCUUCAAAGGAAGACGAGGAAUCGGAAGAGGAAAGCGAAGAUGAAACGACAAUGUCGGAAUCAAUUACCCAAGGUGAACAUACUGAGCUUAAAUUAUUAGUGGAGGAUUCUCAUAAAGAGGGAGAAGUAACAAAGACUGAAGAUAAAAAUGAUGACCUUAUCAAUGAUGCUGCAGCAAUAGCAGAGAGUAUCCAGCCUAAAGGCAAUACCUUGUCAUCCACAAAUGUUUCAACUAACAUACCAUUUUUACUAAAAUAUUCUUUGAGAGAGUAUCAACAUAUUGGAUUAGACUGGUUAGUUACAAUGUAUGAGAGAAAACUAAAUGGUAUAUUAGCUGACGAAAUGGGUCUAGGAAAAACAAUUCAGACAAUAGCCCUUUUAGCUCAUUUAGCUUGUGAGAAAGAAAACUGGGGCCCACAUUUGAUAGUUGUGCCAACGUCGGUCAUGCUGAAUUGGGAAAUGGAGUGUAAAAAAUGGUGUCCGGCUUUCAAAAUCUUGACAUAUUAUGGAAGUCAAAAAGAACGUAAAUUGAAACGUACCGGAUGGACAAAACCUAACGCAUUUCACAUUUGUAUUACGUCAUAUAAACUAGUAAUUCAAGACCAUCAGAGUUUCAGGAGGAAAAAGUGGAAGUACCUCAUUCUUGACGAAGCACAAAAUAUAAAAAAUUUCAAGUCUCAAAGGUGGCAGUUGCUCUUGAAUUUUCAGACACAACAGCGAUUGUUGUUGACCGGUACACCAUUACAAAAUAACUUAAUGGAAUUAUGGUCUCUCAUGCAUUUCUUGAUGCCAAAUGUUUUUCAAUCGCAUCGAGAAUUUAAGGAGUGGUUUUCGAAUCCCGUAACAGGAAUGAUUGAGGGAAAUUCUGAAUACAAUGAAAGCAUCAUCAAGAGGUUACACAAAGUUCUAAGGCCAUUUUUGCUGAGGAGGUUGAAAUCUGAAGUAGAAAAACAGAUGCCAAAAAAAUAUGAGCAUGUGGUUGUGUGUAGAUUAUCUAAGAGGCAAAGGUUUUUAUAUGAUGAUUACAUGUCGCGAGCAAAUACUCGGGAGACAUUAGCCACUGGAAAUUUACUUAGUGUAAUAAAUGUGUUGAUGCAGUUGAGAAAAGUGUGCAACCAUCCUAAUUUGUUUGAAGUUAGACCAACAAUAUCUCCGUUUCAGUGUGAUAACAUUAGCCUACACAUUCCAUCUAUUGUGUUUUCUGCUUUAGACUAUGAUCCUUCAAAGCAUGUGGAUUUAAAUGCCCUGAAUUUAUUACUAAUUAUGCAAGAAAUCCACUUUGGGUCUUAUCAGUGCUAUCGAAUGAGGCAAUCGAGACAUUCUUGGAAAAUUACUGAGUUAGACCAGAGCGCAAAACCUCCACCACCCUGUCCACCUUGCAAAUUAGCAAUGCGCGUCCUACCUGAGAAAUCUGUAGAAGUCAAAGUUGAGAAGAAAGAGUUGGUGACGAUUAGUCAACCUCCCCCUUUACAGUUGAAAACGUUGACACCACAUAAUGUGAUGCAACUAGUAAACCAACAAGGCAUCUUGAAAACUAUUCCAGUUGUAAACAUCUCACAAGGGACUACCGGUCAAAUAGGAGCGCCUGUUAAUGUCACAUCACUUCUCAAACCUGCUGACAAAAUAUCUGCUGGUUUCGCUCAGUUGGUGCAAACUUCCACCGGAAAACAUUUACUGUUGAGAACAAAUCCGAACAUAACCGCAAAUAUCCCAGUGACAUCUGCAGGCGGACAGAAAUUGACGUUUUUAUCUCAACCUGUAUCUACUAUAGGAAAUGCGGGACAUGCAGUUACGCAAGCUUUUGUCAAAUUCCAGUUGACGUCAGUAACAACUGUUGCUAAUACUUCAUCUGUGACUACGACAAACUCUAUUUCUGUAGUGAAAAGCGAAGAAAACAAAACUAAGAGUGGACGAACACAAGUAGGAAAUGAUUAUAUAGGUAGACUUUAUUCCAAGCAAAAUAGUUUGGAUGUUCGGUGGGCUAGUGAAGAAAAAGUAGUUGGACUAUCAGAUGAAGAAGACCUGAAAGGCGAACGUAGAAGGAGGUUGUGCUUGAUGAAUAGCAUCAAUGAAAGUAGAUGUUCUGCUCUUCCAUUGUAUGGGAGAGAUUUUCAGGAAGCAGUUAAAAUAUUUUCUCCCAACAAAAUUAAUUGUUGGCAUGGAGGAACAGUUCACUGUCUGAAUGCAUUAUACGAUACAAAAGUGGAGGAAACUCCCAAUUACCUCAGGGCUCUUUUGUGCAAUCCUGAAGAAAGAAUUGAACAACUCCAAGAUAUUUGUGAUAGAUUUAUAUUUUAUGUUCCUGCUGUGAAGUGUCAGGAGCCUGAACUUAGAGUGUGGCAUCCACCUCCUAGUAAAUAUUGGAAAAUGAAAGAGGAUAAGCUUCUGAUUCAGAAACUGUUCUCGAAACCAGCAACUCCCUUACAUCACAUAGCUUCAGCAAUGGUUACGCAGUUUCCUGACCCAAGAUUAAUUCAAUAUGACUGUGGAAAAUUGCAAACGUUAGACAGGCUCCUCAGGAAAUUGAAAGUCGAGGGUCAUAGGGCAUUGAUUUUCACUCAAAUGACAAAAAUGCUGGACGUCCUUGAAGCCUUCCUCAAUUUUCACGGUCACAUUUAUCUCCGGCUGGAUGGAACAACUAAAGUUGAUCAACGUCAGGUUUUGAUGGAACGCUUCAAUGGUGACACACGAAUUUUCGCUUUCAUUUUGUCCACACGUUCUGGUGGUGUAGGUGUUAACCUAACCGGAGCCGAUACUGUGAUAUUUUAUGAUUCUGAUUGGAAUCCAACCAUGGACGCUCAAGCACAAGAUCGUUGUCACCGAAUUGGACAAACAAGAGAUGUACACAUCUAUCGAUUGGUGAGCGAGAGAACUAUAGAAGAAAACAUUUUGAAGAAGGCAAACCAAAAGAGACUACUCGGAGAUUUAGCUAUCGAAGGUGGCAAUUUUACAACAGCAUAUUUCAAGAGUUCGACUAUUCAAGAUCUGUUUAAUGUUGAUCAAAAUGAAGAGAGUGCUGCUAAUAGAAUGUCGGAAGUGAUUGAAAUCAAGAGAGAUAGAGAGAAGGCAUUGUCGGGUGAAACGUCCACUUCAGGUGAUGAUAAAGUGGCAAUGGGGGCUCUUGAGAAUGCAUUAGCUGCCUGUGAGGAUGAUCAAGAUGUCCAGGCAGCCAAAACUGCCAAAGCCGAGGCUGUUGCAGAUUUGGCUGAGUUUGACGAAAAUAUACCGCUUGAGGAGCAAGAAAAAGAGAAAGAAAAAGAACCUGAGAUUAGCAAAGCUGAACAGGAAAUAAAUAGUGUAAUUGAAAAGCUUUCAGCCAUUGAGAGGUAUGCCAUGAAAUUUAUUGAAACUACUGAAUCUGCUUGGUCUGCCGAGCAGCUGGCAGCAGCUGAGAGAGAGAUUGAAGAGCAGAAACGAGAAUGGGAACAGAAUCGGUUGGCAGCAAUGAGAGAGGAAGAGGAACGUCGAGCUCGUGAAUUAGAAGAGGAUGGAGAUAUUAUCACCUUCUCUAGAGAGGAUGCUACUAAUCAGGUUAGCUCUAAAAGUAAAGUGUUCAAUAGACGUAGGAAAUUUUUGAAAGUGAAUAAAAAAAGAAAGGCCAACAAAAUAGUGAGACGGUCGAGGUCUACCAGUGAGAGUAAAGGAAAAGUUAAGAAGAGGAAGGUUAGAAUUCUAAUGAAGGAUAAUAUUGAUUCAAACGAAUCAACAAACCAGUCUGAUUUCGAUAACUCUCAAAGGUGUGAAGAUUUGGAAGAAUCCCAACUUAAUGGAGAUACAGAUAACAGCAUGCACAGUAUAGAAACUGAAGAAUUCAACUCUACAAACUUCAAAAAUAUAUCUAAUCAUGUGGAUCACAACUCUCCCAGAACACGUUCAAGAGGAACUGUAGCUAUCAACUUGUGGACCUUAGAUGUAAGUCCAAUUUUACCAGGUGAAAAACCAGCAAGGAAACAUAAAAAAAGCAGUAGUAUUGAUAGUGAUAUUGACGAUUCAAUUGAUGAGAAAAGUAAAAGUGAGUUUAGAGCUGUAUCUGAAAGUGAAGAUCCAUCAGAUAGCGAUGCCAAUAUACGACCAAAGAAAAGAAGGAAAUAUGUCAAGAAAAAGAAAUCUGCUAGUAGUAAUGAAGAGUCUGAUAUUGAAAUAAGAAGAAAGGGAAAAGAUUUAUCAGCAAUCAGUACUGAAGAGCAGUUGAGCAUAUUUGGCAAGGGUAGAAUUUGUAAAGUGGUGUUGAAUGAUAUCGUAGCUGAAGGACAGUAUAGGAUUCCCAAAGAUUUCAGAGAAGAAAUGGAAAUAUCAGUAGAGCUUGAAACUGAAGAUCUCACAGUCAAAACGAUUCACAGUGAAAAAAGAGUUUUACUACAUGAAGAACAUGAAAUUUUUGAGAAAAAUCAUGAAAUUCUGCCUCCUGAAUCUGUUAAUUUCAACAUCAUACAUGUUGAUUCUUCAGUUGAAAUAUUUAGUGCUGAAAACAAUAUAGAACAAGGCUUGAAGGAGGAUGAAACAAGAGAUAAUAUAUCGAUUAUUGUUGAUCACAAGGAGAAUGAAAUACAAAUAUUGAACCAUGAAAAUGAUCACCAGCACAGUACUGAGAAAGAAGAAAAAGAUGAAUCGCAACCUUCUGAUUCUGAAAAUAACUUCUUGACUGAAAAUAAAAUAUCAAUUCCAGAGAAUAGCAGUUCUUCAAAUAAUUCUGCAGAGGAAAUGAAAGAGAGUGAAACAGGAAGUUGUGAAUCCAAUUAUACUAAAAUUGAGGAAAAGAAAAGCAAUUCAGGGAAUGAAGUGGCUCAUACUGAUAAAUCUCAGAUUGAUUCUGAACAGAAAGUGACAGAUAUUGAAACAGCACCAUUACCUAACGAGUCAAAAUGUACCGACAUUAUUGAUGCUAAUAUUUUGGAGAUAUCCACUGAUGAGUUUGGGGGUCUGGAUGGAAAAAAAUCACAAACUGAUGAUUUUGAAGAUUCCAAAGUAGAUAAUGAUGUUAAAGACGACUUAGAUUUAGGAAAUGAACCCAGUGUGUUUCCAGGUUGUGAAACAAGUAAAAAUGAUUCUGUGAAUGUGAUAGAUAGUGAUUCAAAAUUGAAGAAUGAUGGAGAAACAUCCUCCAACAAUCUGCCAGAUGUUUCUAACAGUACUCUUGGCUUGAGUUCAAUUGAUUCAUGUGAGGUAGCCAAAGAAACUCCUAAAGAAAAUAUAGAAAUAAAUACAACUAUACAAAUCGAAAACAAAUCUAGUCAAUUGGAUAAUGGUCUUGAAAACAAAAAAAAUUCUUUGGUAAAUAACAGAAAUGAUAAUUUUAGGUUUCGAGAGUCUAGAAAAAGCUAUAGAAAAUUCCGACACAAAUAUUCCAACAAUAGAACUUUGGAUGGUUGGGUAAAACGUUCUCCAGUGUCUCCAAGAACUAAUAUGAAUGAUGGAAGUACACACAAUAAUAGAGAGGAGUUGAGUUUCACCAGUUCAGAAUCUUUCGAAAAUCCACAUUAAACCUUAUAUCACCUUCCAAUAUUUGCAAUUAAGUGAAUGAGUUCAUAAACUUUGAUGAACUUUAUUUAAUUGGCAGUGUUAGAUGUUAAUCUUGGACUUGAAAAAAAUUUAUUUCUGAUAUGUGAAUAUGUGAUCUAUUAGUUAGUUGUUAUCUUGUACAGACUCUUAGGGUUAAUUUUUUUACAAACAUCUUUUAAUGCGCAUAUUUGUAAAUUAUAGUGUGAAUGUGUACGUUUGUUGCCUUCCAGAUUUUUAAAUUUCUGCCAAAUUUAGUUUAAAAUCUGUUGAAUACCAAUUCAUUCAUUUUUGAAAUCCAAUUUUAAUUUUAUUCCACUUUUGGUAUAUCUCUGAUUAAAUGCUUGUGGAUGGGUCUGUUAAAACUGUAGAACAGUUUUUCAAAAUUGGUUCAAAGUAGUGAAAAUAUUGAUCUCUAGAAGAUAUGAUUUUUCGGCUUUUUACUUUUCUUUAAUACGUUUAAAAAGGUGACAAACAAUUUUUGUGAAUAAGCUCUUGAACAAAGAAAUAUCAAAUAUACAUUUUGAAUUUUAGCUACCCUUUUUCUAAUGGAAUAAUACUCUAGUAUGACUUUCAUAUAAAAAAAUACUGUUUUUUAAAUCUCAUUCCAUGAUUGAAUAAAAACAAUGUUCCCCUCAAAAAAAGUUUCAAUUUCAUUUUAAACACUUCCAGAGUUGAACUUAAUUUUAAAUUAUUCAGUAGAAUAUUAAAACUUAUGUUUAAAACCUAUUCCAAACAGAUCUUUUUUUUUUCGAUAAGCUUUUCAAAAAAUCGUAGCAAUAAAAAGCCGAAAAGUCUUUUCUAAACAUCAAUUCUUAAUGAAAAUAUAAAUAUGUCCCAUAUAUUAAAAUAUGUUCUUUGAUAUCAUACAUUCAAUUUUCGUUGGUAGUUUACAUGUUAGAUAUCACUACAUAAUUUGAGAAAUUCUUCAAAAGUAUUCAUUGAUUGGGUGUUGCUGUAAAAAUUUUCAAUGGUAAGAACUUUAACAAAUUAUGGCAAUGGUAUAGUUAGAAAUCUUGAGAUUUUCCAAAAGCGGAAAGUUGAAGAAUUAAAUUCGGAUUAAAAAAAAAAGUUAAGCCCAGUUAGAUUUGGUUUUUGUGUUACUUGGCUGAUUUUUUUUUGACAUUUUCAACAAUCAAGAUUUUUUUUAUUCUUGAUUAAGUUCAAACCAAGACAUGAGAAAUAAUAUUUGGGUGUUGGGUGUUCCUAAGUGAAUCCGUUGCUGCAAGUAUGUAUGGAAAAUAUGAUAUAAAAGCGCUCCUUAUUUUUUUAUUGUUUUGUUUUCUAUAUUUCUGAGCUGGUUUCCUGAAAUUUUCAUUGGCUAUUAACUAACAUUACUUUCAUGUCGAACUCCUAGUUCGAACCAUAUUAAGUGACCUGAAUAUUGUCAUAGGAAUUUUUAAAUAUAUCAGUAUUUUGAUAUUCCAGAUAAUUGUUUAUGAAGCACGUCUAAAUUUUUACUGGAUCAUUUAGGGACACAAUUCACAAUAAUUUUCAGUUUUUCUUGUACUCUUUUAAUAUGGAUGGUAUGAAAAAGAUUUUAUGGUUCUGUCAUUACAUCAGAAAUGUACAUAGUUAUAUAUAUAUAUGAAGAAAAAAUAAAUAAAGAAGUUCUCUUGCAAA